AGCCCUGAACGUUAGAGGGCCGGGUGAUUUAAGAGGGGGAGGAUUACAAGCUCCUACUUUCCAUCUAAGGGUCUCCGUGGAGUAUCAAACUACCACGUCUGCAGCGGGGAGAGAGGGAAGCGCAUAGGGGAUCAAAAUAAGAGAAGUGGAGGAUAGGGAAGAGAGAACAGCGAGGAGUUGGACUGCUUCACGAAAACAAAGUCGGCUGCAGCAUCUGGAGCAAAGCGCAAACCUAACUUGGACAUAAAAUAGGCACAGCCCCCCUUUUCAGACUUCCUGCUACAAGUAACUUCCGAUAAUUUGGUUAAAAUUUGCCUAGACGUGAGAAGAAUGCACAGACUGGACAAGUACUCUUCCCGUUUUAUUUAACUCGAGUAAUAAGUUGCGGAGACGUGCUGUUGCAUAAUCCUCUGGAAGCGUUUUGUGCUUUCCGCUAAGUCGAUAUCGCUUGCGCCUGGACAUACGUUUGGGGAUCCCUGUUGUUAAGAUAAUGUUUUGACAAAUACCAAGUAUUGCACUUAGUGUUGCACAGAAAUCUAUCUGCGUUUAACUGUUUUUGGAGAGUCAAGUAAUGGCACCAGUGCUGAAAUCGCUUGUCCGAUUGCUGCUGCUGGCAGCGGUGUGGGAGCUGAGCGCACAGGAACCGACGGAGCGACAGAUCAAUCCAGAGUCAUGGCUGCAGCAGUACGGCUACCUGCCCCCAGGGGACAUGAGGACUCACGCUCUCCGCUCCCCUCAGUCCAUCUCCUCAGCUAUCGCUGCCAUGCAGAGGUUCUACGGCCUCACAGUCACCGGCACCUUUGACGAAAAGACCACUGAGGCCAUGAAACGACCACGCUGUGGAGUGCCAGAUAAGUUUGGUGCCGAGCUGAAGAGCAACCUGCGAAAGAAGCGCUACGCCAUCCAAAGCCUGAAGUGGGACAAGAGAGACAUCACUUUCUCCAUACAGAACUACACGCCGAAGGUGGGUGAGUACGAGACCCACGAAGCCAUCAGGAAGGCCUUCAGGGUGUGGGAGAGCGUCACCCCACUUCGAUUUCGGGAAAUUCCCUACAGUUACAUACGGGAUAAGGUGGAGGACUUUGCUGACAUCAUGCUGUUCUUUGCUGAGGGUUUCCAUGGUGACAGCAGCCCAUUCGAUGGCGAGGGUGGCUUCCUGGCACAUGCCUAUUUCCCUGGCAAUGGCAUUGGUGGUGACACCCACUUUGAUGAAGCUGAGCCGUGGACAAUUGGAAACCAGAAUCUGUUUGGUAAUGAUGUAUUCCUGGUUGCGGUGCAUGAAUUGGGCCACGCUCUGGGUAUGGAGCACUCCAGUGACCCAUCAGCCAUCAUGGCUCCCUUCUACCAGUGGAUGGACACUGAAAACUUCCGGCUUCCUGAUGAUGACCUCAGAGGCAUACAGCAACUCUAUGGAUCUGGAUCAGGCCCUCAGCCCCCUCCUGUAACACCCCGUCCACCUUACGACAACCCUGAGCCCACUUAUGCACCAGACACGCCUCGCUUUGGCCCCAACAUCUGCGAUGGACACUUUGAUUCCAUUGCCAUGUUCAGAGGAGAAAUGUUUGUGUUCAAGGAUAAGUGGUUCUGGCGAGUACGGCACAACCGCGUGUUGGAUGGAUACCCCAUGCCAAUGGGUCACUUCUGGAGGGGUUUACCCACUAAUAUCAAUGCAGCUUUUGAACGUGAGGAUGGUAAAUUUGUCUUCUUUAAAGGGGACAAGUACUGGGUGUUCAGUGAAUCUGUUCUAGAUUCUGGUUACCCUAAGAGUCUGACAGAAAUGGGCACUGGGCUUCCCAGUGAUCGAAUAGAUGCUGCUCUCUACUACACACCCACUGGACAGACGUACUUCUUCAGAGCAAACAAAUAUUACCGUUUCAAUGAAGAAACACGAGCUGUUGACGAUGGCUAUCCAAAAUCUAUUAGUGUGUGGCAGGGAGUGCCUGACAAUAUCAAGGCAGCCUUCAUGAGCAAAGACCAAGCAUACACCUACUUCUACAAAGCCAACAAGUACUGGAAGUUCAACAACCAGAUGAUGCGUGUGGAACCAGGAUACCCCAAAUCGGCCCUUCGUGAAUGGAUGAGGUGCCCCAAUGACGAUCCCAAGACAGACGGAGGAAGAGGUGGAGGCGGACACGACAAGGAUAAGGAAAGAGAAAAGGACAAGGAGCGGGAGGAUAAGGACAGAACUAGAGAUAAAGAGAGGGAGAGAGAGAGGGAGAGAGUGUGGGAAAGAGAGAGGGAGAAGGAGACAGGGAAGGAUACUGAAGUGGAUGAGGAGGGAGGGGCAAGUGGCGGAGCCGGAGCAGCUGCAGUGGUGGUGCCUCUGUUCCUGUUAGUCUGUGUGAUCGCAACGCUGGCAGCUUUGGUGUUUUUUCAUCGGUACGGUACCCCACGCCGACUCCUCUACUGCCAACGAUCGUUACUUGACAAGGUGUAGACAGUGGAGGGAGGGGAAGGAGGGGGAGGGAGAAAGACAGGGAGAGAAUUAAAAACUAUGGAAGGAAAUGAUGAAUACAGAUAAUAGAGAGCGAGAGAAAGAGAACAGGAAAAAGAGCAGAAGGAAAAGUGCCAGACUUGCAUUUUGAGAUAUUUUCACCACUGCCAGAUUCCUUUUGCUCUAUCUCUCAACCGCUUUUGUCUUUUUUCUCUCCCUUGUUUCUCUGCCUCGCUCCUCAUGAUUACUGACGCCAGCUCAUUGCUGUUUGUUUUAGCCUUUUACAGAUGUCUUACUUUUAGGUUUUGUCAGUGGUCAGUGUUUACGUCCUUGUGAAUUUCCGCUUCAAACCUGCAUCUUCCUGAUGCCCAUCCUAGCAUGUUCCUUUGAGUAAGCAAACUAUUUGUUUGAUCAUUGUUCUCCCUUGUUAACCUGUGCACGCUCACAUAAACACACACAUUUGGAAACCACAGAAGUAGUGGCGUUGUUUUUAAUCUUCCAGUAAAGCAACAUGUCAGAGCCAGUAUGAAAAGUAAAAGCAGAAAUAAACAUUAUUGUUAUGAAGCAUGAGAAGCACAUUCAUAUCAGAGUAAAGCAUACUUUUCCUUUUUUAUAUCAAUGUCUUUAGUGGUAAUUAUUAUUAUAAAUGAUAUCAUUAUUAUUAUUAGUAUUACUAUUAUUGUUGUUGUCCUCUUUGUAAAGAAUGUGUUUUUGUACAUUGUCAUUAAAAAGUCCUGCUGGACAGUGACAUACAGUUUUGAAAGUGGCCUUAAUUUUAUAUAUGUGGGGACAGUGAAUGGGGAAAGGGGUUAUGUAUUCUUGAAACUUGAUUGUUUUUUUUUUUAUCUUGACUCUAUCUCAAAUGAAAAUAAAUGGAAGAUCUGAAAAUGACUCCUUUUUGUCAUUGCACUUGUUUACAGUUUUCAAAUCAUGGUGCUACAUUACUAGUCAGGGGCUAGAAGUAGUUUAACAACAAUGAUGAUACUAGUAAUGAUAAUAAUAAUGAUAAUGAUCUAGUUUUCUCAAUGAGAUUUUAUGUGUCCUCAUAUUUUUAACCUUUUCUUACAAAAUAAAGUGAUUUCAAAAGA